AUGUCCAAAGACCUGAAAAUUCUGUGUAAAGACCCUGCUUUGGAGCUGAGCUGCUACCGGGAUCAUCAGUUCAGUGGCAGUAAAUUUCAGCAAGAAAAAUUACUGAAGGAAAGCUCCACACUGAAUAUGGGGAAUCUUUCCUUUUAUACAACCGAAGAGAAAAUACAUGAGCUCUUUAGUAGAUCUGAUAUCAGGAAUAUCUUUAUGGGCCUGGAUAAAAUAAAGAAAACAGCAUGUGGUUUUUGCUUUGUGGAAUGCCAUAACAGAGCUGAUGCUGAAAAUGCCAUGCAGUUUCUAACUGGGACCUGCCUAGAUGAAUGGAUUAUCCACACUGAUUGGGAUGUAGGUUUUAGAGAGGGUCAACAGUAUGUCGUGGUAAAUCUGGGCGUCAGGUAA